UCGGUGCCGCUGCCCGGGAGCGGCUGCGGGCUGGGAGCGGCGACCGGGCGGCAAGUUCUUCGUAACUUGGCUCGCCAGGCAUGUCUGUGGAGCCCUGCUGCCUGCUGACGCUACCAUGUGGGAGCUGAAAUGCCCCCAGCGCGGCCAACCGGAUUUGGCCAUGUUCCUCGACCGCCUGCUGCUGUGCCUGAUGGUUGCGCUGAUGCUUCUGCUGCCGUUGUACCCUGCUGCUCGGCCCCCUUCCUACCCAUCCUUCUUGGUCCCCAAUGCCACCUUCAAUCAUCUAGCCCAAGCUCAGGACACAGGGGUGCUGUACGUGGGUGCUGUCAACGCUUUGUACCAGCUGAGCCCUGAGAUAAGGCUGAUGCUGCGUGUCCGCACGGGGCCGGCCCCAGACAGUACCGAGUGUUUCCCUUUCCGUGAUCCCCGCGACUGCCCGCAGGCCCGGCUCACGGACAACUCCAACAAGCUCCUGUUGCCCAACGAGCGGGCUGGGGAGCUGGUGGUGUGUGGUCAGCUCUUCCAGGGUGUGUGCGAGAAGCGAGCCCUUGCGGAUCUUAACAAAGUGCUGUACCGCCCCGAAGAUCCAGGUGACAAUCAGUUUGUGGCAGCCAACGAGCCACGGGUUUCGACUGUGGGUUUGGUGGGGCGACACGAUGGCCGUGACCUGCUCUUCGUGGGCCGGGGGCUGACCUCAAAGCUCUCCGGGGGGAUCCCGCCAUUCACCAUCCGGCAGCUGGAAGGAGCCCAGGCCUUCUCCAACGAUGGGAUGGGCAAGCUGGUGGUGGGUGACUUCUCCGACUACAACAAUAGCUAUGCGGGUGCCUUUGCUUCCGACGGCUAUGUCUACUUCCUGUUCUCUCGGCGCGGAGCCAAGGCACAGCUGGAGUAUCGCGUCUACCUCUCCCGGAGCUGCAUGGAAGACACGAACCUCUAUUCUUACGUCGAGCUUCCCCUUGAAUGCCGGGAUGCAAAAGGGCAGGUUUAUAACCUGGCUCAAGCUGUGUAUUUGGCACCUGGCUUUGCAGGGAAAGGGAAAACCAUCUUUGUGGUCUUAGCCGCCGGGCAGGGCUCCACGGCAUCUCCAACGGCGCAGACAGUGCUGUGUGCGUACAGUUUGAGUGAGGUCAAUGAAGCCAUGGAGCGGACACGGCGGCUGUGUUACACCUCGGCCGGGAUAGGCCCAACCAAGGAGGAGGAGGCUGUCAUUGCCUAUGGGGUGUCCUCUCGCUGCAACUCAUUACCCAAGGAGUCCCCAGAGUCUUACCCCUGUGGAGAUGAACACACACCUAGUCCCAUUGCUAGCCGGAAGCCCCUGGUGGCUGAGGCCCUUCUAGCCACUGUGCCGAGACUGACAGCUGUGGUAGCCAUGGUAGAAACGGGACAUACCAUUGCCUUCCUUGGGGAUGGCAUUGGGCAGCUGCAUAAGGUUUAUAUGAACGGCUCCGUGGCACAGGUCUACAGCACGAUCCCCACUGGCCAGCGCUCUCCGGUCAAUCCAGAUCUGGUACUAGACAACAGUGGGGCCCACCUGUAUGUGAUGACGACCUCCCAGGUUUCCAAGGUCCCUGUUUCGGAAUGCCCUCACUUCCAGGAUUGUGCCUCAUGCCUGCGUGCCCGAGAUCCCUUUUGUGGUUGGUGUGUCCUGCAGAGUAGGUGUACCCGAAAGUUGGAAUGUGAGCGCCAUGAGAUGGCCAAUCACUGGCUCUGGAGCUACGGAGCUGAGAGCCAAUGUUUGAGAGUGGAACAGAUGUCACCAGCCAAUCACAGCCGAGAAAAGCAGACAGAGGUCUCUUUGCUGGUCCCCCGACUCCCUUCUCUGGCUGAGGGAGAGCAUUACCACUGUGCCUUUGGGACGCAAGACAGCCCAGCCCAGCUGCAGGAUUCCUGGGUUCGCUGCUUCUCGCCUGUUCCCCAACAGGUGCCACCGACCCAAGAGGGCAAAGAUCAUGUUACUGUGGCGUUAGCUCUGAUGUUCCGAGAUGUGGUUGUGGCCUCCGUGGGAUUUUCCUUCUAUGAUUGUAAUGCCGUGAGCCAACUCGCUGAUACCACCCCGUGUGGGACAUGUGUGGAGAGCCCCUGGAUGUGCCACUGGUGUCCAUCUAGUCACCGUUGUGUCCCUACAGGGCCCUGCCCAGAUGGAGAGGGGCUUGUAUACAACCAGAAAGUGCCCACUGAAGAACUCCAGGGUCCAGCUGCCUGCCCUAGUGUGGGGGGUGUUGGAGAGACCCACUUGAUUCCUGUUGGUGUGGAAGUGCCGCUGAACCUGGUUGCCUGGAAUCUGCACUUGUUGAUGCACCCAGUGACACUCUCCUGUGUACUGGAGGUGGAGGGAACCCCAGUUUUGGUCCCGGCAUCCCUGGAAGAUGGGGACAGGGGAACACCCCAGCAUGUGCAAUGCCUGCCCCAGGCAUAUAGCUACACACAGCCUGUCCCGGAGCUCCAUGUCCGUCUCUAUAUCAUGGUGGGGGAUGACCAGCGCCUUGACAGCCGUGGAGACCUGAAUGUGACUUUGUACAAUUGCUUGGCUGGCCGUUCUGACUGCAGCCGCUGCAAGGCUGCUCCCCUGCGUUUCCGCUGCAUCUGGUGCCAGCUGGAAGAAGGGCCUGGCUGCGUCUAUGAGGAACAAUGUCCAUCCAAGGUUGGAGUAGCUGCUUGCCCAUCGCCAGUCAUCCACUCGAUCCAUCCCCUCAGUGGACCAUUGGAGGGGGGCAUAUCUCUCACGGUGAUAGGAUCCAACCUGGGUCAUCGUUUUGAGGAUGUGGCCAGAACGGUGCUAGUGGCAGGGCUACCAUGUGUCCCUGAUCCGGCCCAGUAUCUAGUCUCUACUCGGAUUGUCUGUGACGUGCCCCCAGGAAAGCGAGGGUUAUCUGGCCCUGUUGAGGUCACUGUUGGAGACCGUCCACCAGGGGUUUCUGUGAGCCACUUCACCUACCAGGACCCCACUCUUCGUGAUCUGCACCCCAAGCUUGGCCCCAUGGCUGGGGGCACCCGAGUCACCAUCACUGGGGAGGAGCUUCUGACAGGCACUGAGAUAGCGGCCUAUGUGGGAGACCUGCCCUGCAUCCUCGAGGAACUUGUGGAACCUGAGGCCAUUGUCUGCCGCACCAGUGCCAGCCCCCAACCACAGGAGGCGCCAGUCUGGGUCCGGUAUGGGGGGACACAGCGCCAACUGCGGGGGAAAGCCUUCCAUUAUACACGUAACCCCCAGCUCACUGCAGCUUCCCCACACACCAGCUUCCACGGGGGUGGACGGAUCAUCCAUGUGGAGGGAACGAACUUGGAUGUGGUGCAGCAGCCGCUCAUCAAAGCUGUCCUGGAGCCAGAGGAGGAGGAAGAGGCAAGCAGAGGCAGCCGGAAGAAAAGAGCAUGUGACUCCUUGCAGGGGCCCCACGCCCCGCUGACCCCAGCUCCCCCUCGCCCCUGUGCCGAGGUGGGGGGCUUGUUGGAGUGCUGGGAAACGUGCUGUGCCAAUUCAUCCACCCUCCUCCUCUGCCCGUCACCGGCCGUGCCUCCCAGCGCUCGUUUCCGCCACCUUCUCUUUGAGCUGGACGGGCUCCGUGUGCCCUUUAGCAAUGCCAGCAGAGGCCAAGAUUUCUCCUACCAGCCGAAUCCCCAUCUGCGCUGGCCUGGCCGGGAUUCCACCGGACGUCCUUUCAGUCUUAAACCCGGCAAUGUCUUGGACAUAGAGGGAGAAGGCUUAAACCUUGGCAUCAGCAAGAACGAAGUGAGGGUCAUCAUCGGCAACAGCGUCUGCACAGUCAAGACCCUCACGCUCACCCAUUUGUACUGUGAGCCGCCCUUGCAGCCCCCACAGCCGCUUAAUGCCUCCUCUGUGCUGCCGGAGUUCAUUGUACAGAUGGGAAACUUACGCCUGGACCUCGGCCGAAUUCGCUAUGACACAGAGCCCCCGUCCCGUUUCCCCCCCGAAGCCCAAAUAGGGCUAGGAGUGGGGGCGGCAGUGCUGGCUUUCGUCGUGUUGCUCCUCAUUCUGAUGUACAGGCGGAAGAGCAAACAAGCCUUGCGAGACUACAAGAAAGUCCUGGUGCAGCUGGAGAACAUGGAGAGCAGCGUUGGGGACCAGUGCCGCAAGGAAUUCACCGACCUCAUGACGGAAAUGACAGACCUGAGCGGGGAGUUAGAGGGCUCGGGGAUCCCGUUCCUGGACUACAACACGUACACCCAGCGAGUCUUCUUCCCGGCUCAGGGGGAUGUGCCCUUGCGGCGUGUGUUGGACCUGCCGGAGGGCCGCCGUGCCACAGUGGAGCAGGGCCUGGGGCAGCUCUCCAAUCUGCUGAACAGCAAAGUCUUCCUGCUGACGUUAAUCCGGACCCUGGAGGCGCAACCUACCUUCUCACAGCGGGACCGAUGUCACACAGCAUCGCUCCUCUCGUUGGCUCUUCACGGGCGCUUGGAGUACCUGACGGACAUCAUGCAGACCCUGCUGAGCGAUCUCGCUGCCCACUGUGUCGCCCGCAAUGCCAAGCUCAUGCUCCGCAGGACAGAGACUAUGGUGGAGAAGCUACUGACCAACUGGAUGUCCAUCUGUCUCUACUCCUAUCUCCGGGAGGUGGCUGGGGAACCCCUGUACAUGCUCUUCCGUGCCAUCAAGUAUCAGGUGGACAAGGGCCCAGUGGAUGCCGUGACGGGCAAAGCCAAGCGAACACUGAAUGAUGGGCGGCUGCUGCGAGAAGAUGUGGAGUAUCGGCCCCUCACCUUGACUGUCCUGGUGCGGGGGGGCGGCCCUGGUAGCGGGACUGAGACCCAGCGCAUCCCAGCCCGUGUUCUUGACACGGACACCAUCACCCAAGUGAAGGAGAAGAUCCUGGACCAGGUCUACAAGGGUGUGCCUUUCUCCCAGCGCCCCUCUGUGCACUCGCUUGACUUAGAGUGGCGCUCAGGCGUUGCCGGCCAUCUGACACUUUCUGAUGAGGAUCUGACGUCCGUCACACAGAACCAGUGGAAGAGGCUCAACACGCUACAACAUUACAAGGUUCCAGAUGGGGCCACGGUUGGUCUCAUCCCCCGCCUUCACAAUGACAUCUCCCAAGGCACAAGCCAGAACUUCUUCUCUGGAGAAAGUGAGUAUACCCCAAUGCUAGAGGAUGGUGAGGAGGGGGGACUUCGCCUCUGGCACCUCGUAAAGCCAUCCGAAGAACCUGAACCCACAAAGCAGCAGCAAGACCGGCGCAGCAGUCUGCGAGAACGUGCAAAGGCCAUUCCUGAGAUCUACCUCACCCGCUUGCUUUCCAUGAAGGGGACACUACAAAAGUUUGUGGAUGACGCUUUCCAGGCUGUGCUGAGUGUUAACCGCCCAGUACCAAUCGCUGUCAAGUAUCUGUUUGACCUGCUGGAUGAGCUUGCGGCACGGCAUGGAGUCAGUGAGCCAGAGACCCUGCACAUCUGGAAAACCAACAGUCUGUUGCUGCGCUUCUGGGUGAACACACUCAAGAACCCGCAGUUCAUUUUCGAUGUGCGGGUCUCCGACAACGUGGACGCCAAUCUGAGUGUCAUUGCUCAGACGUUCAUCGAUGCCUGCACAACUGCUGAGCACAAAGUUGGCAGGGAUUCACCAGUCAACAAACUGCUCUAUGCCAGGGAAAUCCCACACUACAAACAGAUGGUGGAGAAGUAUUAUGCUGAUAUUCGACAGACUGUUCCCGCCAGCUACCAAGAGAUGAACUCAGCCCUGACAGAACUCUCAGGGAAAUAUUCCUCUGACCUCAAUUGCCUGGUGGCCCUGCAAGAACUUUACAACUACAUUAACAAGUACUAUGACCAGAUAAUCAGUGCACUAGAAGAGGACCCACUGGGCCAGAAGAUGCAGCUAGCGUAUCGACUGCAACAGAUCGCGGCUCUCGUGGAGAACAAAGUGACUGACUUGUGACAUUCCUGGAUCCACUACAUGCCCAGAUUGAACGUGACUGACUGUGCAAUCCUAAGCAUGUUUACUCAAAAGUACAGCCCACUGAGUUCAAUGAGGCUUACUCCCUAGUAACUGCUUUCUACGACUGCAGCUGAAAGGGGGGGCAGGCUGAUCCAUCCUUUCCAUAUGUGUGUUUGUAUGCACAUAUUACCCCCUCUCCCCCCCCAGUGCCUUAACUGCAUAGAUGCUGCCAGGCUCUCUUGCACUUGGUGCUCUCGCUCUCUCUUUUUUUAAAAAAAAAAACUAGCUGCAAAGGGAAUCCUCCCAGUCCAAAACACUGGCUUUGUAAAUAGAAGGGUGUAUUUAUUUCUGUCGCUCUCUGAGGAGAGUGCCGGCUGCUAUCUCCCACCUUUGGGGGGUUGGGGUCAUGGCAGCUCCCUGCUGACCACUGCAGCGCCUGGGAUUUGGGGAUUUACUCCUUCCACCCCCAAUUUCCUGGCUGGUAAUGCACUAAUAUUGGGGUGGUAACACCACCUUCCAGCUUCCUCUGUACAAACAGACUCUUAACUAGACUCUCCUUUAAUCUUCCCCAUCUACCUCCCCACUCCCCAAUUUUAUGUAUAUAUGGGAGCUUUGUUCUCCAGGAUUGUAUUUAUUUUAACGAGAUUUUGAAGAAAUAAAAAAAAAAAC